UCCGUCCCAGCGUAACCCAAAAACUCAAACCCAACCGUUGCUUCCUCUCCUUCCCAUUUUGCUUUUAUACCCCCUCCAUUUUUUGUUUUUGUAAUUUUACGCCUCAAUUAGUCGACUCCAUCCAUGGCUUCGCUCGUAGGCCUCCGCGCGCCACCUCCGAUGCUCCGCCCCGGAUUCAAAAAUUGGCGGGAAAGGAGACCGGUUUUGGCGCGAAGUGGCUCGAUGGUCGAGGAGGAGCCGCCGGUUCCCGCGAAUCCCGCCGACGGUCGGCCCUCGACUCCCGGAGGGAGAAACCCUUUCCCAGGGAAGCUAGAAGCAGAUGUUGUGGUUAUUGGAAGUGGAAUAGGUGGGCUAUGUUGUGCCGGGCUUUUGGCUCGAUACAAGCAAGAUGUUCUUGUAUUAGAAAGCCAUGAUCAACCUGGAGGUGCUGCUCAUUCCUUUGAUAUCAAGGGUUACAAAUUCGACUCGGGCCCAUCCUUGUUUUCUGGGUUUCAAUCAAGAGGUCCUCAAGCUAAUCCUCUUGCUCAGGUACUUGAUGCGUUGGGCGAAUCGGUCGAAUGUGCUUCCUACAACUCAUGGAUGGUUUAUAUACCUGAAGGUGAGUUCCUCUCAAGAAUCGGCCCCACUGAGUUUCUCAAGGACCUUGAGAUGUAUGUCGGUAUUGACGCUGUGCAGGAGUGGAAAAAACUUCUCGAUGCAGUUCUACCAAUGUCUACUGCUGCGAUGGCUCUGCCACCUAUUUCAAUUCGAGGAGAUUUGGGCGUUCUUUCUACAGCGGCCGCUCGAUACGCUCCGUCUCUGUUGAAAUCCUUUGUCCAAAUGGGCCCGCAGGGAGCUCUCGGUGCUACUAAGUUGUUGAGACCCUUCUCGGAAAUUAUUGAUUCACUGGAGCUGAAAAAUCCCUUCAUACGUAAUUGGGUGGAUUUAUUGAGCUUUCUACUUGCUGGGGUGAAAUCGGAUGGCAUACUCUCAGCUGAACUCGUUUAUAUGUUUGCAGAAUGGUAUAAACCUGGGUGUAUGCUUGAGUAUCCUCUUGGCGGAACUGGAGCAAUAGUAGACGCUCUUGUGCGAGGUCUUCAAAAAUUCGGAGGAAGACUCGCACUGCGCACUCACGUGGAAAAUAUCGUUGUAGAAAAUGGUCGAGCCGUUGGUGUGAAGUUAAGUAGUGGACAGUUCAUACGUGCCAAAAAGGCUGUGGUUAGUAAUGCAUCGAUGUGGGAUACAUUGAAUCUGUUACCUUUGGAUUUUGUCCCCAAAUCUUACCAAGAUAGAGUUAAUGCAACUCCACAAUGCGAAUCAUUCAUGCAUCUCCACUUGGGUUUUGACGCAGCGAACAUUCGAGAAGACCUGGGAAUCCAUCACAUCGUAGUUAAUGAUUGGAGCAAGGGUGUCGAUGCCGAGCAAAAUGUCGUUUCGAUAUCCAUACCGAGUGUUCUUGGUAAGGGUUUGGCGCCCCCUGGGAAACAUGUGUUGCAUGCUUAUACUCCAGGAACAGAACCUUUUGGCUUGUGGGAAGGACUGGAUCGUAAAGGUGCGGAGUAUCGGAGGCUUAAAGAAGAGCGUUCUGAGGUAAUGUGGAGAGCGGUCGAACGUGCAGUGGGCCGUGGAUUUGAUCGCGAGAAAUGCGAAGUGAAAUUAGUCGGAACACCACUAACCCAUAAGAGGUUUCUUAGAAGGAAUAGAGGAACAUAUGGUCCGGCCAUCAAAGCAGGACAAGGCACAUUCCCCGGCCAUGCGACACCUAUCCCACAAUUGUUUUGUUGUGGAGACUCGACCUUUCCAGGAAUUGGAGUGCCCGCAGUCGCAGCUAGUGGUGCCAUAGUCGCCAACACUUUGGUGUCUGUGUCUCAACACUCUGAGCUUCUUGAUGCCAUCGGAAUCUGAUCACUACGUUGCCAUUUUAUUUCGGCGCUCUCCUGCGACACUUUUUAUCUCCUCGAAGCAGCAGGAAUUUGAUCACAAUUGGCGGUAAACAGCUUCCUUUGUCUUUUACUCUUUUAUUCUUGAUAAGAGCUUAUUAUACCUUAUAAAUGCUUGUUACAUUUUCGCGCGCGUGUAUUCUUUCUAAAUCAUUUGAAGCUUUUAUCUUGGCAGCACUUUUUGGAAACCAAAGGAAGUGAAAAAGAUAAUAUAUUGAGGGGAAAAAACACUUUGAAAUUAAGUUGGAGACCCGGCAAUGAGUGUAGAGAACAAAGAGGUUUGAGUCAAACAUUAGAAAAUCUCAUGAAUACAGGAUGGGUUAACUUAGAAGUUUAUGAUAUAUCAGUUGUAUAUUAUACUCAUAAAAAAAAAAGAGAAAAAUGUGUGAAGAUACCCUGAACUUUAGCUUUUUUGUAAACAGGCACUUGAACUUUCAAUUUUGGUAAUUAGAUCCCUUAAACUUUAUCAAAUAGUUUAAUAAACCCCUCUUUUCGAUUACAUAAUCAGUUUUGUCAUUUGUGUCGUACAGCUUUAUAAAGCUGCAAAACACAAAGAAAUAUUAUUAUUAUUGUUAUUAUUAUUAUUUUGUAUCCUAACAUCGAAAAAUAAAGCAACAAAAAUAAAUGUUUGGUUCAACCAUUUUCUUCGAUCAUCAAACUUAAUUAUCAAAACUGGAAGGAAAAAAAAAAAAAGGAUUUAUUUAUAUUUUAAGUCUUAUAGGAUUAAAUGAAUGACAUCCGAUCAAAAUAGUAGUAUAAUUAGUGAGUUCACUUAAGAAGGGGGGUCUUUUGAACUAUUUGAUAAAGUUUAGAAGAAGUAACAACCAAAAUUAAAAGUUUAAAUACUUAUUUGCAAUAGAGCUAAAGUUUAGGGGCUCUCUGUACAUUUUACCCAAAAAGAUUUUAAUCCCCAUCUACACAAAAUUAUGUUGUAAUUAAGCUUCCUCUUGAAAUUUGAAUUCCUUCUAUUGGAGCUUGUUGCUUUUGUUCAUUUAAUGGGGGAGGUAUUAUGGGUGUGCA